AAAAAAGGAGAGAAAGAGAGGAGAGGAAGGCAUAGCGGCUAAGUUGGAACUCGUCUAACUAGUAGCUGUGUUAUACUAUUUUUUUUUUAUAAAUUAUAGUUGUUAGAGGACUUAUGAAAGUAUGGUUGGAAAGAAAUUUGUUACUCAACCAAGGGUUUCUUUGACGCCCCUUAUAUUUUUUCCAAACUUAUCUAAUUACUCUGUUUUUUUUUUCUCAAUUUUCCGACUUCAUAAAAUUUUCCCUAAUCAUUCUUAAGUCUUAACUGCUACUUUUUUUUUCCUCCAAAAAAUGAGAACCAUAACAUAAGUUUAGCUGAAUCAAAUGACAACUCAUCCGCAUGUGAUCCCCCAUAUAGCUUGAACGUCUUCUCUUCUUACUUUUUCCCCGUUUCUUUUACUGUCACAUAUGAUACUGUAACCUACAACAUAAUUAUAAAACCCAUUACAACAUAGUACAUACUUACUGUCCAUCUAAAAGAGUGAUAUAUUAGAGGAACAAAGAGAGCAUCGGAAGAAGGUAGGGUCAGGUCGUACGUAAUAAUGGUGAGAGUGGCAGCAGCGAUGAGGUUUCCACCGCUCUUCGCGACGGUUGCGUGCGCGUUAAUGGUGGUUAUGCUACCUCAAGUAACUGCAAAACGUUAUCUUGUUGGAAAACAUAUGGGAGGUUGGACUAGCAAUGUCAACUACACUGUUUGGGCUAAAGACAAACAUUUUUAUCUCGAAGACUGGCUCUAUUUCGUGUAUGAUAGGAAUCAGAUGAGUGUGCUUGAAGUGAACAAGACCAACUAUGAAACCUGCAACUCCGAUCACUUGUUAGGGAAUUAUACAACAGGAGCAGGAAGAGAUGUGGUUGAACUCAAUGUCACCGGAUAUCGUUACUUCAUUAGUGGCAAUGGAUUCUGCUAUGGGGGCAUGAAGUUGGCUGUGCACACUGUGAAGAAGCCUUCACCACCAAAACCUGCUCCUGUCAAGAGCUACUCUCCAACAACUUGUUACAAAUCUCAAUUUAUUGUGCCACUUGCUUUUGCAGUUGGUAUAGUUUGGGAUUUUUUCCUGAACCUCAUGGGAUGAUCAUACUCUUUUCUUUAAGCAUAAACAAUCCCUUAUAGAAUAUAAGGUAUUGGAUCAUUAUCUUUUUUCUUUUUCUUUGGGAUCAUUGAGCUUUUUGUUCAAGUUACAAAUUUAAACUCAUAUUCCGCAAAACAUGUGUUAUAACGGAUGUGAGAGAGAAACAAAUUAUGAAUGCAAAAACAAUAAAAACAGACAACAGAUUUACGUGGUUCA